CUUUUAAUUUGACAGCGAUGAGCCGGAAGCGGUUCUCUGUUGUUUGAGUUUCAUCCUGGUCGAGUUAGCCUGUAGCUCAACUAUGCAGCAGCGAGAGGAGAAGCAGCUGGAAGCGUCGGUGGAGUCGCUCAUCUCCCGGGUUGCUCAUGUCAAAAACGCUCUCCACAGUUUUAUUUAUAAAUUGGAAAACGAAUACGAACGUCUAACGUGGCCGUCUGUGUUGGACAACUUUGCACUUCUGUCUGGCCAGCUGAAUACUAUCAAUAAACUCCUCAAGAACGAGAAGACGCCGUCCUUUCGUAACCAGGUUAUAAUCCCACUGCUCCUGUCUCCGGACAGGGACGAGGAUUUAGCUAAACUCACAGAGCAGCGCGUCCCGGUGUUCAGCCAUGAAAUCGUACCAGACUACUUGCGGACGAAACCUGAUCCGGAGGUGGAGGAGCAGGAGAAACAGCUGAGUACAGAGGCAGCGCGUAUUGGCCCAGAGGUUGCACAGAAACAGAUCCAGGCGUUGAAUAAGUUGUGUUCUAAUCUGCUGGAGAAGCUCAACAACCCUCGUGAAGACAGAGAAGCAGACAGUUCAGGAGUGCGACAGAACAAACCAUCGUUCAACCCGGCUGACACCAACGCAUUGGUUGGAGCUGUUGCGUUUGGAAAGGGGCUUUCCAAAUGUAGGCCCUCAGGCCCUCUGGCUCCUGGACACCCGGGUCAGGGUCCCAUGAUGAGCGGCGGUCCAACCUUGCAGCAGGUCACCAUUGGUGGUGGUUCAAACCAGCAAGCAGGUAUGGGAGGACCCGUCGCUCAGCAGCAGCAAGGACAGCCAGGUAGGCGACCUGGAGACCUGGGUAAAAUGCCGAGCAGCAUCAAGACUAACAUCAAAUCUGCAUCUGGUUCGAUGCAUCCAUACAACCGAUGAGCUCCAACCUUCUCUUUCUACCCUCCUCUUGUUACAUUUCAGAGACUCUUGUGCCAACAUUUACAGCACAAACAUGCCAACACUGUUAGUGUUAUUUUUACGUGUGUGUAAGAACCUCUCUGCGUUGAUCAGCAUGCUCUGAUGAACAUGAAAUGAAGUUUGUUUUUGUCUGGUACAGAACUCGACUUUCGUUUCCGAUGCCACACCUGAGCUUCACUGUUAGAGCCACUAGAUGGCAGUAUGCUGUCAUUUAUGAGCAGCGUUAUAUUUUUUUGUACACUGUACACAUGACACUUCUUUAAUAAAAUGUGUUUAAAGAUC